AUGUCGGAUCAGUCGCAAGAACCCCAGUCUCAGACAGGCUCGCCGUCCAAGGGUGAAAAGGCUGAAAAGCCCGUGAAGGCCUUCUCUUGCUUGCGCUGCUUCGAACGCAAGGUCAAAUGCGACAAGAGCCACCCGUGCGCCAACUGUGUCAAAUCUAAUGUUGAUUGCAUAUUCCGAAUUCCUUCUGCACCCCGGCGGAAGAAGAAGCGCGCGACCGAAGAGGUUCUGUUGGAACGGCUGAAACGCGCUGAAGAUCUUCUUCGCACCAAGGGAAUUCUGAAUGAUGCACAAGGCGCACAGGGUGCUAAAAGUGAUCCAAGUCCAACGCAAGGAUCGGGUGCUUUACCGCAAGAGGCCUUGCGGGCACAAUUGGAUGAACCAAGCCUAGCCACUGUCGGCGACAACUUUUUGACUAAAGGCCCUUACAAUGCUGGCAAGCUCAUCAUGUCCCAAGGCCGUUCACGGUUCGUUGACAACAACCUCUGGACUACUGUUUCCGAUGAAUUCGCUCAGCCUAAGGAUGCUAUUGAUGACUGGUCAGACGACUCCGACACAGAUACGUUGGGCGAUGACAGCGGCGAUGUUAUUCUGGGUCUUACUCCCACAACUCCUGCCGGCACGAGCCAGCUUCAUCCGACACCUGAGGUCAUCUUCAAGCUUUGGGGCGUUUUCUUGGACAACAUCAAUCCCAUGACCAAAAUCAUCCACAAACCAACACUGGAGAAACAGCUCAUCAAAGCUACGCAAGACCUGGAGAACAUACCCAGGGGCCUCGAAUGCCUCAUGUUCGCCAUCUACACUACAGCUAUCGGAAGCAUGCAAGCUGAUGAAUGCGAAAUGAUGUUUGGUGAAUCGCGGAAGUCACUCUUUGGACGAUAUCGCACUGGAUGUCGAAGAGCCUUGGCGAGAGCCAAGUUCCUGGGUACAGGGGAUCUAAUGGUUUGCCAGAGCUUUGUUCUAUAUGUCCUUAUCAUGCGCGAAGUCCUUGACGCACGCACAAUAUGGACCCUAUCUGGCGUCGCGAACCGGAUGGCUCAGGGUUUGGGCCUGCAUCGCGAUGGAUCGCAACUCGGUCUCCCCGUAUUCGAGACUGAGCUGCGUCGACGACUUUGGUGGCAACUGACAAUCCUGGAUUUUCGGUCCGCAGAGCUCACCGGUAGCGGGCGAUUUGGAGACUUCUGGAACGAUACCAAUCCACCGAGGAAUGUCGACGACGAAGACUUUUGGCCAGGUAUCACGGAACAAGAAUUCGAGGAUCGCAUCAAGGAGAAGGGCGAAGAGCGUGCAACUGAAAUGACCUUAUGCCUACUUAGGUGUGAAUUCGGGUCAUUCUGGAGGGAGAAACUGAUCCAGAAAAGCAAGGCCGAUCCAACCGUGCUAAAGAUGCAACUCUGGACCGGCAAACCUCCGACGCCAUGGGCGGGCACCCUGAAAGAGCGUGAUGAGACUAUCUCGGAACUAGAGCGCCGACUUGAGGACAAGUUUCUCCGGUAUUGCGAUGUGAACAACCCGCAACAGUUCAUGGUCAGCAUAAUCGGCCGUGCAGCGAUCGCCUCGAUGCGUCUCAUGGCACAUCACCCGCGAAGAUGGGCCAGUGAAGCCGAUAUCCCAGAGUCAGAGCGACGUCUGCUCUGGAAUCUUAGUCUAAAAUUGCUCGAAUCCGACAGCCUCGGCCACAGUACGAAGGCUUUGCAGCGCUUCAUGUGGCACAGCGAUGUCUAUUUUCAGUGGCAGGCCUUGGUCUACCUUCUCGGUGAACUUAAGAAACGCCACACCGGAGACGAGGUAGACCUCGCGUGGCGGCAGAUCGAGGAUACCUACAAACACCAUCCUGCUUUCAUCUUGGAGUAUCGGAAGCCUCUCCAUGCUGCUGUCGGCAGUCUUUCUCUGAAGGCCUGGGAUGCCCGUAUGCGCGGCAGAACUGAGGCUCAAGAAAGAGGCGAGUUCCUGAUGCCCAUACAGACGCCGGAGUUCAUCGUGAUGCUUCGAGAACAGAGGAAAGGGACAAAACGGAAAUCUACAAACCAAACCACGAGCAAGAUGCCCUCAACAACACCCGACACAAACGUCACCCUCCCAACACCGUCUAGAUCAGAAUCAGCGUCUACAGCGCCGCUCUUCCCUGGGAAUACUUACAGCGAUUAUGGUGCAACCGGCUUCGCCGGUGUACCAGGACGCAUGCCGGUUGACAUGUCUAUGAUGUGGGACGCCAACAACCUGCCGGCAUAUGGCGCCAACCAAUACAACUAUGACCCUAUGCAGGCCCUCAACCCGAAUAUCGGACUCGGUCCUGGUAUGGCUCAAAACGACAUGCAAAUGGACAUGGACUGGAAUCAAUGGGAUUACCUGAUCCAGGAGUUCGAUAUUUCACAUAACCCUCCGGGCCCAGGGCCGGCCAGGCCGGGUCUUUGA